UAAGAAAGCUGGGGUACCGAUCGAGCCACAUAUUUAUAGCAGCAGCAGAGAAGGAAGACGCACAUAACUUCGGUACGGGUAGACCGGCCCGGUGCGGAGAUGGACGUGCCUCACGCUCUCAUGCUACCAUUCCCAGCUCAAGGACACGUCAUUCCCCUCAUGGAACUUGCUCACCGCCUUGUUGAGCGCGGCUUCAAGAUCACAUUCAUCAACACCGAGUUCAACCACAACCGAGCCCUAGCUGCUUUGUCCAAGACGGGGGAUGAUAUGGACGGGAUACACCUCGUUACAGUCCCGGACGGGCUGGAGCCUGAUGAAGAUCGUAACGAUAUUGGAAGGCUAAUCGAGGGCAUAUCGAACGUCAUGCCAGGUUGCUUGGAGGAGCUGAUACGAAAUAUUACCGAGAAAGGAGAGGAGGAGAUAACUUGCUUCAUUGUGGACUGGAGCAUCGCAUGUAUGCUUGAAGUUGGUCACAAGAUGAACCUACGGUCGGCUGCUUUCUGGCCGUCAAAUCCAGCGAUGCUUGCAGACGCUACGCUGGCCAUUCCUAAGCUGAUAGAGGAUGGGAUCAUCGACAAAAAUAAUGGAAGGGUGAAGAGAGAAGAGAUGAUCUGCCUAAACCCUGGAGUUCCUGCCAUAAACACGACUCACCUCUUUUGGAACUGCUUUGGAGACUCCAAAACACAAGAAUUAGCGUACGACUUCACAGUGAAAAAUAAUCUAGCAGCAGAAAUUAUUGAGUUCCUGAUUUACAAUUCAUUCGAUGAGAUCGAUCUAUCACCAUUCAUCCACGGUCCAAAACUCCUCCCGGUAGGGCCAUUGCUCACUCACCAUCACUCUGCACAUCCCGCCGGACAUUUUUGGCCUGUGGACUCUACCUGCAUGGACUGGCUUGAUCAGCAACAAGCAAGAUCAGUCAUUUAUGUGGCUUUCGGCAGCUUAACCGUCCUCAGUCAACACCAGUUUGAGGAGCUGGCUCUCGGGCUCGAGCUCACUAGACGACCUUUCCUAUGGGCUGUAAGGCCUGAUCUUACUGCUAGUUCAACUGAUGCCUGCAACCGCGCUUUUAGAGAUAUAGCCUCAACACGGGGGAAGAUGGUACGUUGGUCCCCACAACAAAAGGUAUUGGCUCAUCCUUCCGUCGCAUGCUUCAUAUCCCAUUGUGGCUGGAAUUCAACUAUGGAGGGGGUACGGAAUGGGAUCCCGUUCCUUUGCUGGCCUUACUUUGCUGACCAAUUUCUCAAUGAGAGCUAUAUUUGUGAUGUUUGGAGGGUUGGCUUGAGGUUGACUCUUGAUGAGCGAGGCAUGAUCUCAAGGCAACAGAUCACAGCAAAGCUGGAGGAAUUGCUCGGCAAUCCAGAGCUCACAUUCAGGGCACUAUCAUUGAAGGAAAUGAUCACGAAAAGAAUCAGCAAAGGAGGGUCAUCCUAUGAGAAUCUCGGUACCUUUGCUGAAGCGAUGAAAGAAACGAGGCUUGGUAGUAGAGACCCCACACCAUAAUUUGAAAUGUUUGUACGUAGCAUGGAAGAAGUUGAAUUAUUAUGAAGUAAUGGAAUAAAAUUAAUUUGAUGCGAUUAUAAAACAAAUAACUGACGGUCUUUCAAACUUGAA